AUGAACAACAACGGAAAUACAAAUGGUGGAACCAAUAACAAUAGCAAUACGAAAAAAAUGAAAUUUAAUUUGAAUAAAUCGGUUCAAGUGACGAAACUGUUUUUUCGGGAAAACCAAGCAUUUCUAAAGAAUGCAACCGUUUUUACCAUGGUCGAUACUCACAAUCCAAAUGGCACGAAAGAAUCAUUUUCAUCUGCCGUAUCGGGUACAGUAACAAAAUUACACAUUCAUGAAUGGGACAUUCUAUCAGAGGGCUCAAUCAUUUUGGAAUAUGAAGAAUGUCUUCAUCCGAUAACAUUCAAAAGUUUAUGCUGUGAUUGUGGUGCGGAUUUAAAUAAGUUAAAAGAUACAAUGGAAAUGAUUGCAUCAAGAACUACUGUCAUCGAUACAUUAAGCGAUGAAUCUCUAUUAUCACCAUCAACCGCGAUGAGAGCAGCCACAACAAUUUCGAUGGAACACACUGUACCAGAACUUAAAAUAACAGCAGAAAUGGCAGAAAAAUAUAGUAUUGAAGAGCGAGGUCGUCUUCUUCGUGAACGUAAACUUGAUUUACUUGUUGAUCUUGAUCAAACACUUCUUCAUACAACAAAUUCAAGUCAUUAUUAUCCCUAUUCACCGGAUGUUAUUGCUUAUCAAUUAAAUGCUCAAUCAUCACAAACAUUCUACACAAAAUUACGUCCCGGUGUAAAAGAAUUCCUCACUAAUCUUUUACCCUACUAUCAAUUUCAUAUUGUUACAUUCGGUGAACGUCUUUAUGCGCAUACAAUGGCAAAAUUAAUCGACCCAAAUAAAACAUUUUUCUAUCACAGAAUUUUAUCUCGUAACGAAUGUUUUGAUCCAACAAGAAAAACAGCUAAUUUAAGCGCCUUAUUUCCUUGCGGAGAUUCAAUGGUUUGCAUUAUCGAUGAUCGGGAAGAUGUUUGGAAUUACGCAAGAAAUCUCGUACAUGUUAAACCUUAUGUAUGGUUUAAAGAUGUUGGCGAUAUCAAUGAUAUCAAUCUUCCAUCUCCAGCUAUUCCAAGUGAACAAUUAAUUCCACCAAUAAGCGAAAAAGAAUUUGAAGAACAGUUAGAAAAUAGCGAACAUCUUGCUGAUGAACGUAUGGAAAUGAAUAGCAAUGCAUUAAUAGAACGUACAACAGAAGAAGGUUAUCAGCAUGCUAUAACCAGAGGUGAAAAACGAAAACUCGAUACUGAUAAUAAUACAAAUGAACAUACGGAUUGCGAAGAAGCAAAUAAAAAAUUAAAAGAACAAAGUGAUAAUAAUGAUGAACAAACUAACACGACAACACUUCCAGUAAAUAACGAGUCAAAUAUUACCGCCGACAGUGAUAAUUAUUUAUGUCAAUUAGAAAUAAUUUUAAAACGUGUUCAUACUGAAUUUUACACAUCCUAUGACCAAUGGACACAAGAUAAAGCACGUGGUAUGCCAGAUUUAAAACACAUCCUACCGGAUAUACGUCGACAAGUACUAGGAGCAGUUUCACUUUGUUUUUCUCAUCUUAUGCCACAAGGAUAUCCAUUAGAAAAACAUCGCGCAACAAUACUUGCUCGAGCUAUGGGCGCAACUGUUACACAAGAUAUAGAGAUAGAUGAUAAUGGAAAUUGUUCGACCACACAUGUUGUUGCGGGAAAACGAACAACUAAAGUUGAUCGAGCUUUUAAAUAUAAUAUUCAUGUCGUGACACCGGAAUGGUUGAUUGAUUGUUAUGAACAAUGGGAAAGAAAAUCAGAAGAUAUUUAUACUUUACAUUCAAAUUAUGACGUGAAACAAUCGAGAUUAUUUACUAAAGACGCACCUAGGCCAGUAUCGUAUGAGCCUAACAUUGUCAACGAACGAGUAUCUUUAAAUAGACCAAAGACUCAAACUCCACCUGAUGAUGAACCAACAUCAAGUUCGACAGUUAGUAAAUCUGCUAAACCACCGUUAAAACGUCCUCGUACACCAGAAAUACCUCCGACCACUACUGACACAGCCAAUGAUGCGGUUGAUGAAGACGAUCAAUCAGCAACAAAACGAUUUAAUUUCAGCAUGAGCGUUGAUGAGUUAUCUGAUAUGGAAAAAGAAGUCAACGAUUUUUGUAAUGAUGAUGAAGAUGAUGACGACGAUACUGAAACGCUAAGUCGGCCUACAAAACAACAACGAACAACGUCAUUUACUCCAACGGCAACAGCAACAACAGAUAUUCCAAAUGAUGAUGAUAAUUAUGAUUCGGACUCAUCCAGUAGCCAAAAGCUUCGUGAUCUUAUACUUGGUAAAAAACCUGAAACUGAUUCCGACGAAGAAAGUCUCAGUGACGAUGAUGCACCUCGCGGUUGGAAAGAAGAUGCUUUACAGGCAUUCAGCGAACUCAAUAUUCGUCUGACAACAUUAUUACUUGAGCGAGGUUUCUAUCGUAAUGUCAAUCUAUCAUCUAGUCGAUAUUAUCAAUUUCAAACUCUUUUACCUUUACUACGAUUAAAUGAAAUACAUUCACUUCUCAUUGAUUGUUAUGCAUCGCCUCUUCAACUGAGUAAAUGGCCUCAUUUACCUCAUUUGAAAACAUUACGAGUAAAGUGUCUACCUGAUUGCUAUGAUCUUUACCGUUUUAUACUACAACAUGCCAAAUCAUUGCUUCAUCUUACAGUUGAAUCAAGUAGUUAUAGUCGUAGGUCAUUUAAAUGGCAUUUCACAGAAGAAUGGAUAUUUCUUGAUAAUUUGACUUCUUCUAAUGUUAUGCCUAUUUUACGACGAAUGAAUUUUGCAAUUGUUAUUAAUGCUGAUAAUCUGAAUCAAAUGAAUCACUCAGCACUUUUCACUGAUUAUCGUCAUGUUGAUGUCCAUUAUGCAUUUAUUCUUGAUGACAAUCGAUCGCAUAGUGAACUUAGUGAAUAUGUACCACGCGGUAGUCAGUCUCAUUCACACGAAAUAGAUAGUGCAACAUUUACUUCUGACUGUUGGCCUGAUAAUAAUCUAUUCGAAACUCCUGGCGACUAUUAUUGCAAAAAACUGAAAAGUCGGCAACAUCAUCUAUUUUACACUUUGCCAUGGGUCUUUAAUGAAUUUUUUCAAUUAUGUGUUCCAGAUAGAUGUAUUAAUGAAUUGCAAUUUAAAUCAUCUUCUCCGGCUAAUACAAUUGGUUCUGCUAGUCUUGUUAAAUUGAAUAUAUCAGACAAUAUUCCACCAUCUGCUACUCUUCGUUCUCAUAUAAUGUCUGUGAAUCAAAUAGUUGAAGUUCAUUUAUUUCGAUGUGAUAAAGAAGUUUAUUUUAAUUUUCCGAUGGCUACUCAUCUUACUCUUAUCGAUAGUCUUGAUGCAUUGAACAGUUGGGCAUUUGCACCAAAUAUUCGAUCUCUUCAAAUUAUUCUUCAUUAUCAAUGCCUUAAUUUUACAGGUGAUGAUUGGACCAUGUUGAGUACACUCUCAUGUUUACCGCAGUUAAAAUCUUUACGUAUGAUUUUGUAUGAUAUGGGUAAUCCGCCAAAUGGUAUAAGUUCUUCAAUCAUUGUAGCGGCAGCAUUGAGAGUCAUUGACUUUGGCUUUUGCUUUCGACGUGGUUAUGAUAAUCCUGAUUAUGACGUUGAUUCGGUUUAUCAGAUCCACGCUGUAUUUAUCAGAUGUCUACGAAAUCGCAUUAUCGAGUUGUCACUAAAUCAAGAGUUGUCUAUUGCUAUCGAUGAUGAUGGUUGUGGAAUGUUCAUAUGGCUUUGA